UCUCAGAAUUUCAUAGCAUCGUACCCGUGGUGUGGAAAGCUCAGCUACAUGGAGACCAUAGCUAUAGGAGCUCGAAAUCCCCCUAUCCCAAAAAACCUUCUACUUAUUUUCUUGUCAUCGUUUCUAUUUACUCGAUCGUUUCUCAGGGUGCAAAAGAUAAAAUGCCCCACGCCCUUACUAUACGAGAGAAGAGAGGCAAGGCGGGGAAAGUUUAUUACCCGCUUCAGCUAAACCUUGUACCCAAACCCUCGCCGGGUCCCAACGAACUGCUGGUCAAAGUCCAUGCUGCGGCUCUGAACCACCGCGACUUCUUUAUCCGCCAACACCUAUAUCCAAGCAUAUCUUUCAAGGCUCCGUUACUCUGCGAUGGCUAUGGAACGGUUGUCGAGACGGGUCCUGGCUGUACGUCGGAUCUUCUCCACAAGCCGGUGGUUCUCACGCCAUGUCGCGGAUGGGCCACGAACCCCGAUGGACCUGAAGAUUGGUCAAAGUUUACCACAAUCGGCGGUACAGAGCCUGAUCUCCAUUUGGGUACUGCCCAGAACUACGUGGUUGUCCACGAGUCUGAGGUCGAGCUCUGUCCCGAGCAUCUCAGUGCCAUAGAGGGCGCGGCCAUCCCUGCCUGCGGACUGACCGGUUGGCGCGCUCUUGUGACAAAGUCAGGGAACGCGAAGCCUGGGCGGAACAUACUUGUUACCGGAAUUGGUGGUGGUGUGGCACUGCAGGUGCUACAGUUCGGCCUCGCUCUGGGUUGCAACAUGUAUGUGACUUCGGGAUCCGAGGAGAAGAUUGUCAAAGCCCAGCAGCUAGGGGCGAAAGGUGGCGUGUUAUACACGGAUGAAGAGUGGCCUAAGGCUUUGGGUAAGAUGCUGCCGGACGAGCGACCGUAUUUGGAUGCGGUUGUUGACGGAGCGGGUGGCGACAUUGUGGUCAGAGCGAUGACGAUCUUGAAACCUGGAGGAGUAAUUGCAAGCUACGGAAUGACAGUGGCGCCGGUGAUGGACUGGCCGAUGCAGGCCGUGUUGAAGAAUAUAGAACUAAGAGGGAGUACGUUGGGGUCUAGAAAGGAAUUCAAGGAGAUGGUCAACUUCGUAAGGGAGAAGGAGAUCAGGCCUAUUAUCAGUCGGACUGUAAGGGGACUAGAUUGUGUGGAUGCGAUCGAGGGGCUGUUUGAAGAUAUAAAGACCGGCAAGCAUUUUGGCAAAUUAGUUAUUGAAAUUUAGUAGUAGUCGGACGAAUGAAAUAAAAAAGUUUAAUCAGCGA